UUAGUAGAGAUGGGGUUUUACCAUGUUGGCCAGGCUGGGCUUGAACUCCUGACCCCAGGUGAUCCGCCGCAUUGGCCUCCCAAAGUGCUAGGAUUACAGGCAUUAGCCAUCGUGCCUGGACACAUUCUUUAAAUUUUGAAGCGUUUUAUUUUAGUGUGUCUCCUAAUACUUGUUUCUAUGAGUUUUCAGGUUUUGAUCUCACAGAUCCACCAAAGAGAAAGCGGCCCUGCGCCAGUUGCUCUGCUAGCUCUUCACAGGAGAAGUGUCACUAGAAUCCUACAGCCCCCACAGGCUCUGCUCCACAGAGACUUAAGGCUGAAGGAGUGUCCACUGUCAGGGGCAUCCACUGUCACUGUGGUGGGAAGAGAACAUGGUCUUACAUAGGAAGAAGUCCUUGUAAAGAGCUGCCUGACAGCUGCCCUUCCCCAGAUCCCAAAUAUCCUCCUGGCCAGGUGGAGCAGAGAACAGUCCCUCAGCUGGUCAUGCUGAGCUCACACCCUGAUGGCUGCUCCAUGAGGUCAAGACUGGGUCUUCUCCCUCCUCCCCCUUUACCGAUGCCUGGUCUCACGGGGCUAGUUUUGACCCCCACGCUAUGGCAUCAUCGACCUCCCUCCCAGCUCCUGGCUCUCGGCCUAAGAAGCCUCGAGGCAAGAUGGCUGACUGGUUCAGGCAGACCCUGCUGAAGAAGCCCAAGAGGCCGGACUCCCCAGAAAGCACCUCCAGCCGUACUUCACAGCCUCCCUCACAGGACAGACUAUCCCCAAGCCUCAGCUUAGUCACGUCUCCCAGCCUGCCACCCACACAUGCCAGUGACAGCGGCAGUAGUCGCUGGAGCAAGGACUAUGACGUCUGUGUGUGCCACAGUGAGGAAGACCUGGUGGCUGCCCAGAACCUGGUCUCCUACCUGGAAGGCAGCACCACCAGCCUGCGCUGCUUCCUGCAACUCCGGGAUGCAACCCCAGGUGGUGCUAUCGUGUCCGAGCUGUGCCAGGCACUGAUCAAUAGUCACUGCCGUGUGCUGCUCAUCACGCCGGGCUUCCUUCAGGACCCCUGGUGCAAGUACCAGAUGCUGCAGGCCCUGACCGAGGCCCCAGGGGCUGAGGGCCGCACCAUCCCCCUGCUGUCGGGCCUCAGCAGAGAUGCCUACCCACCUGAGCUCCGAUUCAUGUACUACGUCGAUGGCAGGGGCCCUGAUGGUGGCUUUCGCCAAGUCAAAGAAGCUGUCAUGCGUUAUCUGCAGACACUCAGUUGACACUUUUUAUAUCAUGGGACCCCGGAAGUUGGAGUAAAGCUGGAAAUAGAAAACCCACGCAGGGCCUUGGAUUCCCACAGAUGUGACAAGAGGUAUAGAGAGCGAGUCUGCAGCGCUUUGCCCGUGUCCCUGGGAUCACAGCACCCAUCAGGCUUCCAUUACUGUGGGCUCCCUAAGAACCAUGGAGAGGUUGGGAACUCCCCCAGGAAGGCCAUGAAGCUGGGGAUUCCCCCUAGGAAAGCCACGAGGAAGCUGGGGACUCCCCAAGACGGCCAUGAGGAAGCCAGAAACUGGAGGUGGUAGGAGGUGGUAUUGACCAAUGAUGGCCAGCAGGGCUCGUAUCCUGCCUAACUGGACAAGAAGCCUGGCACACACUUCUUUCUUCCCCUGGAACUGGGUACUGGCAUACACUGGUAUCCCUCCUAAAAAGGUGACUCACCUGACUGAUCAGCAAGCAGCCUAGAUUGCAGGCCUCACCAUGGAUGGUCUUCCCAGUUGCCUGGGGAAACCCUGGAAUGGGCGUCAGGAGAAAGCAAGAGGAAUCCAGUCCUUCACACUCACACUACUCUGUUCCUCUUUCCAGAGACAUCGAUUCACUUCAGAAAGCUGUAAGGAAGACACAGUCAGCACUGCACUGUAUUUUUUAUUUAUUGCCUAAGUGCCAUUAAAGACACAAACCUGGAAGCCAUUCCGAAUGUGGGGGUGAGGUGGUGGAGGGAGCAAGUGAAGAGAUGGGAAGCCAGGGCUCAGGGUUCAACGCCUUCACCUGAGCUCACAAGCCCACGGAUGCUGUGACAUCUGAGAGCUUCAUCCGUGGUCUGGCUAAAGCUGAUACUUUCACAGUCACCAUCUUCACCUUUGGACUGGGAAGAAUCAGCAUUUUUCUUCUGGCAGAUGACGGUAUUCCUUAUAGGACAGGCAAGGUUUCAUUCAUCUGUUCUCAGUAAGUUUGUUUCUGAACUGAAAUGAAUUUCAUUAUUUCCUCCAA